AGAUAAUCUCUAGUUUACAAUAACGACGAGCAUGCUGGAUUUGAGUGUAACUCUACGCAUCUUGGUGGCGGUAUCCAUGUCCGUGAUCCAAUUAGGCUCGGCUAACUUCGUGUUUAAUGUGACGCAUAAGUUCGCGGGAAAAGAUAAACAGCUUUCGGAGCUCAAAUCCCACGACAGCUUCCGUCACGCUCGAAUGCUUGGCAACCUUGAUCUUCCUCUCGGCGGGGAUAGCCGCUCUGAUUCGAUCGGAUUGUACUUCACGAAGAUCAAGCUUGGAUCACCGCCAAAGGAUUACCAUGUUCAAGUUGAUACAGGGAGUGAUAUACUUUGGGUGAACUGUGCACCUUGUCCUAAAUGUCCUGUCAAAACCGAUCUCAAUAUAUCUCUGUCCUUGUACGACUCAAAAGCUUCCUCCACUUCCAAGAAAGUUGGGUGCGAAGAUAAUUUCUGUUCCUUCACCUCCCAAUCGGACACUUGCGAACCCAAUAAGAAGCCAUGUAUUUAUCAUGUUGUGUAUGAAGAUGGAAGCACAAGUGAUGGAGAUUUCAUCAAGGAUAACAUUACCCUUGACCAAGUCACUGGAAACCACCAAACUGCACCACUUGCCCAGGAAGUCGUGUUCGGGUGUGGAAGCAAUCAAUCUGGACAACUUGGGCAAUCUGACUCUGCAGUUGAUGGCAUUAUGGGAUUUGGAAAAGCUAAUACCUCUAUCAUUUCCCAACUCGCUGCCACGCGGAAUGUGAAGAGAAUCUUUUCACAUUGUCUAGACAAUGUAAAUGGAGGUGGAAUUUUUGCUGUUGGCGAAGUCGAAUCUCCACUAGUGGAAACUACUCCUUUGGUUCCUAAUCAGGUACAUUACAACGUCAUUUUAAAGGGGAUAGAUGUAGAUGGAGAACCUGUUGAUCUCCCACCAAGCAUAGCUAGUUUUGGCGGAAAUGGAGGAACCAUUAUUGACAGUGGUACAACUUUAGCUUACUUACCAGAGAAUCUCUACACCUCGCUACUUGAGAAGCUAACUGCUCGGCAACGGGUGAAAUUGCACACAGUACAGGAGACUUUUGCUUGCUUCAGUUUCACGUCAAACACAGAUAAAGCAUUUCCGGUAGUCAAUCUUCAUUUCGAGGACAAACUCAAACUUACUGUUUAUCCGCACGACUAUCUUUUCUCCCUUCGUAAAGAUUUGUAUUGCUUUGGUUGGCAAUCUGGUGGAGUGACUAGUCAGGACGGAUCUGAUGUUAUCCUUUUGGGAGAUCUGGUGCUUUCAAACAAGUUAGUAGUAUACGAUCUGGAUAAUGAGGUCAUUGGAUGGGCAGAACACAACUGUUCCUCAAGCAUCAAAGUGAAAGAUGGAUCAGGAGCUGUUUACUUACUCGAAGCAGAUAAUCUCAUACCUACUUCUUCUUCUACGGUGAUUAACAAAACACUUGCCACAUUGUUGUCAUAA